CCAGAGUGCGGCGGUGUCGCACUCAGAGCGGUCCGGGUGAGAAAGUGGGUGAAAGGUCCAGAGGCAGGAGUGACAGCAGCUCACCAACACACCUCACCGAGACACAAACACACAGUCAAAAUGUCCAAACAGAAGCAGCAGGCGAUCAGUCCUCUGAAGAACUUCUUCGCUGGAGGCUUUGGAGGAGUCUGCCUUGUCGCAGCCGGACACCCUCUCGACACCAUUAAGGUGCGUUUACAGACACAAGCCAAACCCAAACCCGGAGAGAAGCUCAUCUAUGCUGGAACCAUCGACUGCUUUAAAAAGACCUUAGCCAAAGAGGGUUUCAAAGGACUCUAUAAAGGCAUGGCAGCCCCGAUCAUCGGGGUCACACCCAUGUUUGCUGUCUGUUUCCUUGGAUUUGGAAUGGGCAAGAAAUUCCAACAGAAAACCCCCGAUGAUAUCCUUACGUAUCCUCAGCUGUUUGCGGCAGGGAUGUUAUCUGGUGUGUUCACCACGGCCAUCAUGGCUCCUGGAGAGCGAAUCAAAUGCCUCCUACAGAUCCAGGCAGCGACAGGAGAGGUGAAGUAUUCGGGACCCAUGGACUGUGUGAAACAGCUCUACAAACAGUCUGGGAUCAGAGGGAUCUACAGAGGCACCGCUCUGACUCUCAUGAGAGAUGUUCCAGCCAGUGGGAUGUACUUCACGUCCUACGAGUGGUUGAAGAACGUCCUCACACCGGAGGGAAAAAGCCACAACGAGCUCAGCAUUCCCAGUGUGCUGUUCGCCGGGGGCAUGGCCGGCAUCUUCAACUGGGCCGUCGCCAUCCCAGCUGACGUUCUGAAGUCACGUUACCAAACAGCUCCUGAUGGAAAAUAUCCCAAUGGUUUCCGGGACGUUCUGCGGGAGCUGAUCAGAGAGGAGGGCGUGGGCUCUCUGUAUAAAGGCUUCAACGCAGUCAUGCUUAGAGCUUUCCCUGCAAACGCUGCUUGUUUCUUAGGGUUUGAGAUGGCGAUGAAGUUCUUUAACUGGAUAGCACCGGAUCUGUGAUGAAGACUCAGCAUCGCCUUCAUUUGUGAAACCGAAGAAGAGUGCUCGUAACACAACGUAGUUAUUAGCAACACACACACACACACACACACACACACACACACUCAAUGAAUCACAGAGAGAUUUUUCCAAUUUCCUAUAAUGUGCUUUUUAUCUUUGAAACCUCAAGCUAUGCAGGGCACUUGGAUCAUUCAGACCUGCGGUGGAUUCAGAGCAGAGAUGUUGGCUCGGUACCAAUAUAUAUACACACACACACACACACACACACACACACACACACACACACACACACACACACACACACACACACACAGACAGCCGAUUGUUCUCACUCCUUUUUGCUUUACUUGUUUUCUUUAAAUGGUGUUCUUUUUUAUAUCAGAAAAGGAGUGAAGUGAGCAUGUCGUGCCUUACCUUACCGUUAUCUGCGAGCAGGUGUGAAUAUCAGGGAAAAGGUGCUCUGCGUUGUUCUGUGUGUGUUCAGUCUCUCAGCAAUACAACACUUCCUGUGAGCUCCGCCUCCACUCAGCGACACCGACGCUAGCUACACUUUCUGUUUGUUUUAAUGUGAAAUAUCAGAGUAAUCAUACUGAGAUUGAUUGAACAGUUUAUGAAUGUCAUCAUGUACAAAUAUUAAAGCAGAAUCCAUAUUUAGAAGAAUA